UUUCCUUCUCUCCAGAGAUGCUGCCUGGUCUGCUGUGUUGCUCCAGCAUUUUGUCUCUAUUUUCUGGUUUUCUAGGUGGUCUUGUUAUGGUGAUCCUGUUCUUUAAAAGAAGUGGAGCUUAGGCUAGGCCAUUUCUGUGUUGACUUAUUUCCACAACAUCUCUCCCCAACAAAAGAUUUAUAUGGAGUUGAAUCUGAUUUGCUUCCUUGUGUUUGGGGACAAUUAUUGAACAAAAGGCUUGGAUACCAUGUCUGGUUGCUUCAGUGUAAAGAUGUUGUCAUUUAACUGCAUUGAAAAUGACAGGAGCAUAGUUCUUUGGCAGAAUGAUAUGCAGCUCAGAAUGUAGGUGCUGAAGUUAUAUUUCAAGUAUAAUCUUAAAUCUAAAGACUGCAGAAUAAUUUCCUUAUACAUUCUAAAAAUGAAAAACAGAUGCAAUCUUAACUGUACAAGGAAGAAAGUAGGACAGACCUAAACUAUUAACGCUAUCUUUGAAGGUGUGUUAAUUUGUACUAUAUGGUCUGAAAGGCUUGCAUCAACUUAGGGUGGACAUUACUUUCAGGACUCAGCGCUAUCGUUUGACUGAAUGGUACAUAUUUUUGGGCCGUUUGUUCAGUGGCAUUUGUCGUAAGAUUUGAGGAGGGGGAAAAUGAUGUAGGCGCUUUAUUGGGACCAUGCAGCUUUAGUUUUGAAUAAUCCAGCUAUCUGAUUACAAUCUUACUUGCCUCUGUUUAACUUUCAAUUAACAAGAUUUAAUAUUUCAGCAUUGUGUGCACCUCCAGGUAAGAAAUAUUUGGGGUAAGAGGUGGUGAGUAUCAGUCUGACUACCAAUAAUGUUUGUACUGACUUUUGAAUCCUUAAGAACUGGAACUUAGUGCCAGCAUUAGGAGCAAUUGACCCAAAUCGUAACUUGAAAUAUUUCUGCUUGCUUUUCUCCUUGCAUAUGCUGAUCAGAAUGAGAUUAAUAACUGGUGUGGGGAAGCCCAUUCCCAGAUAGCUCCUUCAGAGGAGGAUGAGCAAUAGGUGAGAUGCAAACCAAACCAAAAAAUAACUGAAAUGAUUAUUGCCAGUUACAGACUGCAAAGUAUGUUUAAGAUAGGAUGGUUUUGGUUACAGUUUAUAACCAGGUACCGAAAUGUUAACAUUGGCCCAUAUGUUGCCUAGCGGAAAACUGCCCAUGGCUAUUAUAAAUGCUCACUUCCGGGUGUAGUUUUGCAUCCUAUAACUAUAGUUGUUGCAGACGAGAAUCUUUGAUGACAAUUUCGCUGGUUGUAACUGGUUAAUCUCAGCACAGGUUUUCUCUGCAAUUACAUGCCUCAUCCUGUUCUUUUUUGUUAAGGUUAAUGUUCAUGAAGAAAAGAAAUGUGGAAGAAGUCAAUUGUCAAGUUUUGUGUAAUAAUUGAAGCUCAGGAAUAAGUGAAGCUGAAUUGGGGGAAAAAAAGAAUGCAUGCUAAAAAAAAAAGACACGAAGUCCCACAAAUAGAAUGUGUGCAGUGUGUGAAGUGGGAAGAUGAACCAAGAUUCGCGUUCCCCAUCUAAAUCUGCAAGUGAAAGCCUGCGUGGAUCUGGCAAGUCUGCCAGCCAUUCUCCAGCACAUUCUGCCGAGCGGUCUCAUUCUAAGGAUGGGUCAAGGCACUCCCGGUCCAAGUCGCGAUCACGUUCACGUUCCAAAUCCAGGAGAUGGAUGUGUUCCUUUAUUGCUUUGCGUGGUUUAGGAACGUGGUCUAUAUCUCGAAGGAGUUCCCGGAGACGUUAUUCAAGGUCUCGAUCUCGCUCUCAUCGGAGGCGAUCUAGAAGCAGGUCCUACAGUCCUGAUUAUAGGCGUCGCCGUAGCCAUAGCCGGUCGCCUAUGUCAAAUCGGAGACGCCAUAUUGGUAAUCGGGCUAACCCUGACCCCAACACUUGUCUGGGAGUUUUUGGACUAAGUUUGUACACCACUGAGCGAGAUCUGCGAGAAGUCUUUUCAAGAUAUGGUCCUCUUGCAGGCGUCAAUGUCGUUUAUGAUCAACAAUCAAAUCGUUCCAGGGGUUUUUCUUUUGUCUAUUUUGAAAAUGUUGACGAUGCUAAAGAGGCUAAAGAACGGGCUAAUGGAAUGGAAUUAGAUGGGCGCAGGAUCCGUGUUGAUUUCUCCAUUACUAAAAGAGCUCAUACGCCCACCCCUGGAAUUUACAUGGGAAGACCAACCUAUAGUUCACGUCGCAGAGACAGUUAUGACAAAUAUGACAAAUAUGAUGACCGAGAGUGUUACAGCAAAUCCUACAGAAGACGGUCUCCCUCUCCCUAUUACAGUCGGGGUGGUUAUCGCUCUCGCUCCAGAUCACGCUCCUACUCUCCACGUCGUUACUGAAGACCCCAUGUAUCCAAAUAGCAAAGAUAAGGCCAACAGACCAGCUGAUCUAUUUGCUUCAAAUUUUUUAUAUUAAAUAAUUAUUUUUAGUCAUGUUUGUGUUUGGUUCUCCCUCUCUUCCUUCCCCCCCCCCCCACCCCCUAAAGUGUUUAGUGAGAAACAAUGUUCUGGUUGUACUGAGUUGUGAUCAGUAAAAUAACGUUAUAUUCUUGGGCUAGAACAAUAUGCUUUGUAAUGUUGAGCAGCUUUCAGUGUAGAAAGGAACACAAAUGAAAUGUCAAAUGACCAUGCAGCUGCAAUUCUUUGAUUACAUAAAGAAUUUGAAGUUUGGUGACAAAUUAAUAUUGAAUGUGUACGAUUCAAUGUGUGCAGUUUGCAGACUUGUGGCAACCUUGGUUUUCUUUUUCCAUUCAGUCCCGCAAACUCGGUGAGAGUUUAAAAUAAAAAUGUCCAUAGUGGCAAAAUGACACUGUACAUUAUUACAACCUGGUGCUGAAACAAAUUCUCAAAUAUAAUAAAUGGAAUUCUGAGUAUUAUAAUUCCACUAAAAGAUAUUUUGACAUCACUUAAGAACAGUGGGGAAAUGCAGCAAUUGUUAUACCAUGCUAAUGGUAAUCAGCUGAAUUUGGUUAACUAAUGAUCUCUUUUAGUUCCUUCAGAUUAAGUUAUUUGAUCUUCCAUGGGGAUUUCUUUAUAUCCAUAAAUCUGGGUUCAUGUUGUAAUGAAACUGUUCUGUUAAACAAGGAUUUUGUACCAGAGCCGAUCUGUGGUACUGAAUGUGUGUGAAAUGCUUUUAAAUAUCUGAUGCAAAAUUAACAUUAAAAUUGAGCAAAGGCUA